UUUUCGUAAAAAAUGUAUACGAAAAACGAUGUAAUCUCCCAAAAGAGGGUGAAACACCCCUUUACAAAAUAAAUGGAUCCGUCCUCAGAAUGAGCAUUAGGCCGUGGCCGAAACGGGCUUCCAGAGCUAUGGCUACGUCUAUUGUCAGCGCGGCACUGCGUGUUUUCAAUAGGUGCAGGCCAAGACCUAGCUCUGAGCUAUAGACAGCCGAUUCGGACGCAGCCUUAAUUUUGAUGAAAGUCAGGCCGCGAAUCGAAAAGUUUUUUUUUUUUUACGGUAGCUACUUGUCAGCUUGUUGCUAAAUAUAAUUAUGAUUUCAUAAGUUAGGCACAGUACAAGGACGCGUUUGUUCUUAGAACAAAACUAAUCAGCAAAUAUUGCCACAAAGCAGGUUUUUAGUAGUCAUCCGGGCAUGCUCGGACGGGAAGAAACUCGUCGAGAAAACCGUCAGCACGACUGAUUGAUCGAUCUUUUGACUGAUUGAUCUGACAUGGUUGCCUGCUAUUACCCAAAAAUGCCAUCCAAAGUGUAAUAUUCCAAUUUGGCUUGUUUGAUCUGACCCAAAACCUUUUAAUCCAUUAAGGAACUGACCUACAGGAAAUGAAGCCUGCAAAUUAAGCUGGUGGGUUCCAUGUACAGUGUUCAGAAUGGCAAGCAUCCUGAAGGUUAUCAGUCAAGUGACGUUAGAUAGAUACUGUUCACGUGUACAUGUACAAAUGUAGGCACCGUUUUACUACAGCUCUUGAUGGAGAAAUUAACAAUUUAGUGCCGGGUUUAUUUUUGCUGAACAUUUUGAAAUUUUCAAAAGGCAAAAUUUCCCAGCCAACUUCUGAUGAACAGCCAAACGCCACAAUGCUGACUCACAAGAGUGAUUUCAACAGUAUUUGUCCGAUGAAAUUGUGCUGAAACCUUGUAUGUUUCGAUACCCUGGGGUUUACACUGGAACGUAAAUUCUGUACAGCAAUAGGCCAUGUAGAACGGCCCACACAACGGUCAGCGUAUGUUUCACCUCCACAGAUUCGGUGCGUGUAAAUGUACAAAAGGCACGAAGGAUUAACGUGUUUAGACGUCACCCAGAGGCGAGAAGAGGCAAUCUUGACAUCUUAAUCCAUUAGCCAUCAGCCGUAUCUGUGCACAAAAACAGCAAGUGCCUGUGAUCACGGCCUCCGGCGCAAACGGGUUAAUGGCUGUUUGACAGUAAGCACCUCUUUGACUUCGCAAGAGAUCUGGAUGCCAACAAUUUUGUUUUGACACUGGCUCCACUUGGACAGGAAUUGUGUACAUAAAAAUUUGAUGCCUUUUUUAAGGGAAAGACAGCAACAAGGCAAACUUAAACUGGCACACCAACACCUCUGGUCAUCAUGGAAACUACAUGGUCACCCGAUGAAGGAACAACUGUCACUACCAACACAACAGGAGACAAAGAUGAGAAUGAAUUCACCUCAACAACAUUGUUGAUUUUGGUCAAGGUUUUGGCAGUGCUUGCGAUGUUUCUGUGCGUCUUACUGAAUCCACUGAUGCUUUUCACCUUGCGUCGUGUCACCAGCAUCCAGCCAACAACCAAAAUAUUCAUGGCUUCUCUCACCCUGUCUGAUCUGUGCAACAACUUAUACUGGAUCCUUGCAUUAACCGAAUUGUUUGCUGGAUCUCGGUUGCUGGGGGAUUUUCUCUGUGUGGUAAACGGUGUCACUAGCUACCUUUUUGGCAGUUUGAGUAUUUUUUCUCUGUUGAUUCUGACUGUGGAUCGUUAUAUCGUAAUUUCCCGUCCUCUGCAAUACCCUUCAAUCAUGACUGUGUUCAGGUCAAAGAUAAUUGUGUUUAGCUCAUGGGCUGCAGUGAGCAUUUUCUGCAUUUUAAUAUUUGGGAUUGAUGGGAGUCGUAUUGUCUCACUGGAUACCCGUUAUUAUGUUUGCAUAGGACAUUAUGACUGGAGGAAUUCUCUGGCUGUUUUUCUAGCUGUUGUCACAAUUCUAUCAAUAUUCAUCAUGUAUGCACACAUCGCUCUGAUAGCUCGCAACCACGCCCGACGCAUUGCUGUUGAAAACCAAGCAGGCAAUGGUCAAGGUGGGCAGAGAAUAAACACCAGAGCAACCACCACCAUCAUCAUCAUAACAGGGACUUUAGUCAUCACCUGGAUUCCUACAGUCGUUAGGUUGCUGAUAGUGAUACCAUCUCCACAACACACAUGGACACAGUACCUGGCUGGCAUGUUCACAAAUGUUCUGCUGUUUUGCAAUGGCUGGCUGAAUGUUAUCAUUUACUACCUGAGGAAUAGGGAUCUUCGUCAGGCACUGCGUGCUUUACUAUCUGACUGGCAUCAAAGUCUGCAACAAAGAUUCUUGCAUUAAAGGGAAUGUACAUCAUUGGCUUCUGCUUUAAUUUUCAGAAAUGAACUU